CUCGAGUUGCGUGGAAACGAAAUUUUGGCGGAAUUUGCGUGUUUUUAAGCCACCACAGUGUUCUAGAAACGCUCACGUAAGCGAAAGUUCAUCUUUAUCCGCCCAAUCGAUAUUAAUACUUUAUGAUGAUUGCGUCAGAAAACGGGAAAAACAAGAAUACAACUGUUGUGCCCAUGUGAUGAUAUCAUUUCUUUUGGCCCAAGGCACUGUUGACCUUUACCUCAUCUUUGAAGACAAUUCGCACGAAACAAAUUUAUAGUCGUCAUAGCUUACGACUUCCUCUGUUUUGAACAGAGCAGUCAAAAACUAAAACUAUGAGAGUGUCAGUUCGUUUUAACGGAAAGUGGUUUGUUGUUCCAUGCGGGGAAGGCAAAACUUCAAUCCAGUGGCUUAUCAAGGAGACACUUCGACGAGCGUGCGACACAAAUGACUCAGAAAAAUGUGCGAAAGAUUUCGAAGCUACUUUGGCUCAAAGUGGAGGAAGUUUGCAUCCAAACGAUUCCAUUUAUGAAGUUCUAAACGACAGCGACUUUGUUCAUAUUUUCGAAAUUGGAGCCACAGGAGAGAAUGACCAUAACUCACCAGAUGUUAUUUUAAGUGGAAAGGUGGAAAAGGCUUUGGAACAUGAACAGUUUGUAGAGCUUGAUGGCUGUUCGUUGUCCACUGAAACUCUUGUUGCCUUGGGAAACGGCGAGUUUAAAAUAAAGCUUUCGAAAGAAGCUGAAAACGCGGUGAACAAAUCAAGGAAAUUAUUGGACGGCAUUGUUCGAGAAAACAAAGUGGCGUAUGGCGUGACAACGGGCUUCGGAAUGUUUGCAAGGGUAGUAGUCCCUACAGAAAAACUUGAGGAACUGCAAGAGAAUCUCAUAAGAUCGCACGCUGCAGGUGUGGGCAGACCCUUGUCAACGAAGCACACAAGGAUGCUGUUUGCUCUGAGGAUUAACGUUUUAGCGAAAGGCCACAGGUUGGUGGAACUCUUUAUAACAGAGUUAUUAAGGAGUAAUGUUACGUUGUUGUCGUGGCAGGUCCUAAAGGCUUAUGGAUUGGAGCGUUUACAGCUGCAACCUAAAGAAGGACUAGCUCUGAUUAACGGUACUCAGCUGAUAACGUCUCUUGGUGCUGAAGCCGUGGAACGUGCUCGAAUGAUUGCGAGGCAGGCCGACAUAAUUGCCGCCAUGUCGCUUGAAGUAUUGAAGGGAACUACACGAGCCUUUGAUGUUUUAAUCCAACAAGUGCGCCCACACGUUGGCCAGCGUCGUGUCGCAGAGAGACUGCGCUCUCUUCUUCAUUCAAGUGUGUAUCCGUCAGAGAUUGCAGAGAGUCACAGGUUUUGCAACCGCGUCCAGGACGCGUACACUUUACGCUGCUGUCCGCAGGUCCAUGGGAUCGUGAAUGACACCAUCGAUUUCGUACAGGAUGUGAUCACAACAGAAAUGAACAGUGCCACAGACAACCCAAUUGUCUUUGCUGAUCGGGGCGAGAUCUUGUCCUGCGGAAACUUUCAUGGUGAAUAUCCGGCCAAGGUGUUAGAUUAUCUGGCAAUAGGUGUCCAUGAGUUGGCUAACAUGAGUGAAAGGAGAAUAGAACGACUCGUAAAUCCAGCCCUGAGUGAGCUCCCAGCAUUUCUUGUUAAGGAAGGAGGUUUCAAUUCCGGUUUCAUGAUGGCACACUGUACGGCUGCAUCUUUAGUUUCAGAGAAUAAAGUCCUUUGCCACCCCUCCUCAGUUGAUUCGUUGUCCACAUCUGCUGCCCAAGAGGAUCACGUGUCUAUGGGAGGAUUUUCCGCCAGAAAAGCUCUUAACGUGGUUAAAAAUGUUGAAAAAGUCCUUGCUAUUGAAUUGUUAGCGGCUUGUCAAGGAAUCGAGUUUUUGCGGCCAUUGAAGACAACAGAACCAUUAGAAGCUGUUCACUCAUUGGUUCGGAAAGUUGUAAAGCCGUGGGACAAAGACCGUUUCAUGGCGCCCGACAUAGAGGCUGUGUUGAAGCUUGUGAAGAAAGGAAAGAUCUGGGAAGUGGCGUCACCAUUUAUGACGCAUUACCAAAGCACCACCAGAUGUCAACAGGAGCUCCCAACUAACAUUAUGUCUCCUACUGCAAGUACUCUAUCGGUUGACACUCCUCCCCUUAAGAAGAUCAAGCUAAAUAAGGAAUGAAAUGGAUGUUAAAAGCUUACCAGCGUCGUGGGCGUUGUGUGUAGCGGAAAUGCUUUCUUCUUCUUUUGUGAUCAAAUCACAGAUAACUUGUAAAUAUCAUUACUUGCUGCCUCUGAUUUUAAUGCGCCGUUUAGCGUGUGAGGCGAAAAAAAUUGGAAAUACACAGAGCAAAAAGCAAACAGACAGGGGCAUGCGCUCUCAGUAAUUUAGCAAUAUACUUUAUUCGCGUUCUCGUUGGUCCCUUUUGGUCAUGUGUUAGAUUGCACUCUCGGUGCUGGCCAAAAGAUAAGCAGGCUCUGAAGACGAGAUUGACAUCGCAUAGCAAACUACAUGUUAAUUGAAUAUUUUGUUGUGAUGUCUUAGAAAUUACUUGGUUUUGUCUACUUGUGCAUCGGUUUCGAGUAAUUUAGAAUGUUUUCAAAAUUCAUUUACAGGCGAGAAAUAUGGUUUUAUGGAAAACAUUAAUUUAUUUUAAAAUUGAAUGAAGAAUUCUCAUUUAUUUACUCCAUUCUUGACUUCUAGGUUGAGUUAAUUCUCAAGUCGCAAGAAAAAUAUCUGAAUCGUAGUGUUGUGGUUUUUUGUCGUCGAUAGAUGUUAAGUUAACACUUUGUCAAACUUUCAAGUAUUACCUAUCCUGACAGAAGCUCUUUGGCUGGCUAAGGUUUUUGUUAAUAUUAUUUAUAAGAUAUGUUUAUUCCCGUUAUGUGAAAAGAAAAAAAAAUUCAUAAAACAAACU